UCCUCUUCUGCCCUCCCCAAAGGGUCUCCAGGAACACUUCCCAUCCCUUUGGUGUAUACAAGGGCAUCCACCCACCCAGCACAUCUGGAAACAGCUGUCUCAGAACAACUGUAAAACUCUGAUCUCACUUCAUUUCUUUUCCCGGAGCAGGUUUUCCAAUUUCCAAGCCCAGCGUGAUCUCCCAGCUGGACCAAGGGGAAGAGCUGUGGGUCCCUGAUCUCCAGGAGUCCCAGGCUAGAGAGAUCCAGAGAAACAUCCCCAGAGAGUCCAUUAUGUUAGGAUGCUGGUGCAAAUGAACUGAGAUGAUGCCCGGGGCAGAUCUGCCCUUCAUGCCCUCAGCUGGAUGCAUGAAGGCAUGCAUGGCACAUGUACCACUACAGAAAACUCUCCCAUUACAGUGUCAUGCACACCCCUAAAGCGGAAUAGAUGUGAAGUGGAAUAGACAUGUGCAACAUCUUGAAAAACAGCAAAUACAGUAAAGUCCCAGCAGGUGAUGAGACGGUGAGUGAGAGCAAUGAAGAGAGUCCUUGUCCGGCCGGUCCUGAGCAAAUGGAACUGAAGGGGACGUUGCUGGGAAGGUGUGAAGGGGAUGAUUCCCAGAUUCCCGGGCAAGGACAAGCCCAAGAAACUCAGUGCAGGCCAGAGAAGCAGCAGGGAACCCCCCCAGGAAAGAUACUGGGUGAAUCCACUUGCCGAGGGGGAGGUUUGGAAGAACCUAAUGAAGCCACGAUCCAGCCAAGAACCUGCACUAAGGAGAAGCGUUUCGAAUGUGCUGAGUGCAGGAAACGCUUUAGUUGUAAAGAACACCUUGUUAGACAUCUGAGAGUCCACACUGGAGAGACCCCGUAUCACUGCCCCGAGUGUGGGAAACAAUUCAGUGACCAAUCUAUCCUUAUUAGACAUCAGCGAACUCAUACAGGAGAGAGACCCUAUAAGUGCACUGACUGCGGGAAAAGCUUCAGUCAGAGGUCAGGCCUUAUUACACAUCAGACAGUCCACACAGGAGAGAAAUGCCAUAAAUGUCCUGACUGUGGACAAACCUUCACUCAGAGAGGGCAUGUUACUAGACAUCGGAGGACUCACACGGGUGAGAGACCCUAUGGAUGCCCAGAGUGUGGAAAAAAGUUCGCUUCCACCUCUGACCUUAUUAUACAUCAGAGAAUCCACACGGGAGAGAAACCCUAUAACUGCCCCGACUGUGGGAAAAGCUUCAGUCACAGCCAUCACCUUACUGACCAUCGGAGAAUCCACACAGGAGAGAGACCCUAUACCUGCCCCGACUGUGGGGAAAGCUUCAAAAGUAAAUCUGGCUUCAAAGUCCAUUGGAGAAGGCACACGGGAGAGUGCCCCUAUCAAUGUUCCAUCUGUGGGGAAAGGUACAAAACCAGGAACUCUCUAACAUGCCACAUGAAACACCACACAGAAUAGUGCCAGACAUUUCCCCUCCUCUCUCUGCAUCUGUAGAGAUAGGAAGAACCAUGAGGAUAAUAAACAGUUGCCCAAUGCCCUAGGGAGUCAAGUGGCACCACUAUUUACUUGUGUGCUGUGUAUUUCAGGAGGACGGAGGCACCAGGUGACAUUAUUAUUAUUACUGUAUUGCAUUAUUCUCUGACACUCUCCCAUCCCAUCCCAGCUCCCUCUGUCAUGAGGAGGCUUUUACUGAGCCAAAGGGUUUACAUGGAUUUCCUGGUCCGUUUUUAGGCAGGGGCUCAGUUCAUAUUGUUGCACACAGGAAUUAUUCUGUAAAUUGCUGCCCCAAGAGGCAUUUUCUCCCUGUUUCUGCAUGGUGGGGAGAGCAGGGGUCUGAAAUUUCUGGAUAGUUGGGUGUCAGUGGAUUGUUUAUUGUUCAUUGAAUUAUUUUCUGGGUAUUGCUCAAUUAUGUGUUU